CCAUUUUCUCCACCGAGUUUUCCAUUUUGAAUUUUCUCUUAAAAAGACGUUAAUCCUUUCCGAGCGUUGAAGAAGACAACACUUAUUUUCCUUUAAAUACUUUCUCUUUGCUCAACCAAAACCCACACAAAGAGAAUCAUUCUCUUAAUCUCACAAUGGCAGAACCAACCCUUUUAGCCUUUCUUUUACUUCUUCUUGUCUUCAAUGUACCGUCCGGUUCUUUCUCUGCCACAACUAAUGAUGAAUCAGUGUAUGAAUCUUUCCUUCAGUGCCUAGAAAAAAAUACAAAUCCCCAAGACAAAAUCUCAAACCUUGUUUACUCACAAUCCAACGCAGCUUACACUUCAGUUUUAAGAGCUUACAUAAGAAACGCACGUUACAAUACUUCGGCAACACCGAAACCACUUGUCAUUGUAACUCCAACUGAAAUAUCCCAUGUUCAAGCCACAGUUAUUUGCACCAAAAAAGUUGGUUACCAGCUCAAAAUCAGAAGUGGUGGACAUGAUUAUGAUGGGAUUUCUUACAUUUCUGACACACCCUUUUUCAUUCUUGACAUGUUUAACCUAAGGUCCAUUGAAGUGGAUAUCAAGGAUGAGUCUGCUUGUGUUCAGGCAGGUGCUACUCUUGGUGAACUCUACUAUAAAAUCUGGGAAAGCAGCAAGGGUUAUGGUUUUCCUGCUGGGGUUUGUCCUACAGUUGGUGUCGGUGGGCAUUUAAGUGGUGGGGGUUAUGGCAAUAUGUUGAGGAAAUAUGGGUUGUCUGUUGAUAAUGUGUUGGAUGCACAGAUUGUUGAUGUUAAUGGGAAACUUCUUGAUAGGAAAGCAAUGGGGGAGGAUCUUUUUUGGGCGAUUUGUGGAGGAGGAGGUGGAAGUUUUGGGGUUAUAAUUUCUUACAAGAUCAAGCUUGUUCCGGUUCCUAAGACAGUUACUGUUUUCAGAGUUGAAAGAACACUUGAUCAGAAUGCUACUGAUGUUGUUUACAAGUGGCAAUUUGUUGCUCCUACAAUAAGCAAUGAUCUUUUCAUGAGGAUGCUUUUGCAGCCUGUGACAAGGAAAGGUAAACAGACUAUUAGAGCAUCAAUUGUGACAUUGUAUUUAGGGGAUUCUGAUAGUCUCGUGGCUUUACUGGGAAAAGAAUUUCCUGAGUUGGGAUUGAAGAAGGAGAACUGUAACGAAACAAGCUGGAUUCAGUCUGUGUUAUGGUGGGCUAAUUAUGAUCUUGGAACAUCACCAGAUGUUCUUCUUGACAGGAAUCCUAAUGAUGCCAAUUUCUUGAAGAGGAAAUCAGAUUAUGUUCAGAAACCAAUUCCAAAAGAUGGGUUAGAAUGGUUGUGGAAAAAGAUGAUUGACGUGGGCAAGACUGGAUUGGUUUUCAAUCCUUAUGGUGGUAGAAUGAGUGAAAUUCCUGCCUCGGCAACGCCAUUCCCUCACAGGGCAGGCAAUUUGUAUAAGAUCCAGUAUUCAAUGAACUGGCAAGAAGCUGGAAAGGAAGCAGACAAGAAAUUCAUGACUCAAAUAAGGAGGCUUCACAGUUACAUGACCUCAUUUGUUUCCAAGAAUCCAAGGAGUGCAUUUUUGAACUACAGGGAUCUUGACAUUGGUGUUACGGUGCCUAAUAAAGAUAGUUUUGAGCAGGGUAGUGUUUAUGGUUACAAGUAUUUCAAUGACAAUUUUGAUAGGUUGGUGAAGGUAAAGACUGCAGUGGAUCCAGAAAAUUUCUUCAGGAAUGAACAGAGCAUCCCUACUCUACCAAGAAAGGCAUAGAAGAUUUCAAUAGUGCUUAACCGAUCGGUUAGGUAAAUGGUUUGUAAUGGAAAUAAUUUAUAGCUCCUUUAUUUUAAUUUAAAGGCUACAUCAUUGCUUUUUGGUGGAAUUAUGCCCUUGUAUCAUUAUUGUUCUUUUCUUUUUAUUCCUAUAAUUUAUAAAAUAAAUGUUCUAGACUCCCUUUAGAGUAA